AUGGCGGAUCAAGAGGGAUGGAACCAAGUUCGAAGAAGAAAGAAAUAUGGGAGAGAGUUUGACAUAAAUGGGAAAGCCGUUACGUUCUACGUACAAAACUUCCCCUCAGAUUGGAGUGAAGCGGCGCUAUGGCGGAUGUUCAGUCGAUAUGGGGCUGUUGUUGAUGUGUAUAUUGCCCAGAAGCUGAACCGUUCAAACAAGAUCUUUGGAUUUGUUAGAUUCCUAAGGAUUCAUGAUCCUAAAUCAUUCGAGAAGAGGCUAAACGAGAUCAUCAUUGGAACACAGAAGAUAGAAGUCAAUGUGGCGAGAUUUGAAAGAAAAGAACAGGUGUCUCGCAGGGAAAAUCACCAAGCCCUGAGAGGCCAGCAUGCAGUCCAAACAUCACAACCACAACCGUACGUCAAGUCUUUUGCUGAUGCUGUCAGGGGACCUUUGCCAAUAGACACUAUGGGAGCUGGGAAAUCAAGUAAGGCGGAUGAAGAAGCACAUACAAGGAAAACUAUAAAGCUGAUAUCCUUCCAUGACUCGAAAGAAGCCAUGGAAAAUACUCUAGUGGGGGAAGUAGAAAGCUUCCAAGCUCUCAUGAAUGUGAAAGCUUUCUAG